AUGCAGUCCGAUGACCUCUUUGUCCGUAAACUGCGCCAACCACCAUCCCAAUCAUCCCCUCACAAGAGUCCUCGUGAGGUUAAGUCUCUAAUUACCUCAGGAAAUAGCAGACAUAACGGUGGGGCACGGUCCCAUUCAGAGUCAGAGUACAACCCUCGGGAUAAAGGAACUGGAAGCCCGUCUGCCCCACGUUUUAAAGAUCCUUUCAUACUGCUUGGGCUGGCAGGAAACAGCCAAGGGCCAGUGGCCCUGGAGGUAAAAGAAAAACCACCUGAAGGAGAUCCUGUAACCCCACGUCCUAAAAGUUUUGCUCAUCAUGACAUUCAGAGUAUAUUGUUUGAUCCCUUCAAAAGGAGAGAAUCUGAAGGAAGAAAGAAUGUAAGAAGUGGUGCUUCUGCUGCCUCUCAGCUCAAAGCUUGCACUUCAUCACCCAGGAGAUCUUUGUCAUCCCCUGAAGAUCCAGGUGAUUCUGGUGAUGGAAAAGACAGUGAGCUAUUACUUAGCUGCCCAUAUUUCCGCAAUGAAGUUGGAGGAGAAGAGAAAGAAGGCCAAAAAGAUCAAGGAUGGGACUUUUGUUCUCUUUUUUCAUUCAAUUCACCACUUAUCAAUUGUCCAGUCAGGGGACCCAAUGCAGCUGUUUCUGUGUUGGAAGAAGCUAGAGAAAGGUUGAGAGAUUGCAGUUACUUUGUUGAAUAUCAAGAUCUGGGUGCACUAUAUUAUCGAAAGUAUUUUUAUGGCAAAGAACAUCAGAAUUUUUUUGGGGUUGAUGAGAGACUCGGGCCUGUGGCCAUAAGUUUGAGACGAGAUGAAAGAGAUGGCGUACAAGGCAUACAGUAUAACUAUAGAAUUAUAUUUCGAACAACUGAGUUGAAGACACUUCGUGGUUCAAUUCUAGAGGAAGCCUUUCCUUCAUCCAUCCGCUCUAGCUCUUCCAGAGCUAUAUCCCCAAAAAAACUUUUGGAAUACAUUGUACCAGAAGUGAACUUGCAAUGUCUGCGCUUAGCAUCCAACUCUCCCAAAGUGCCGGAAACUCUGCUAAAACUGGAUGAACAGGGGCUUAGUUUUCAGAGAAAAAUUGGAGUUCUGUACUGUAAGAGUGGACAAGCUACUGAAGAAGAAAUGUAUAACAAUGAGACAGCUGGACCAGCUUUUAAGGAAUUUUUGAACCUUCUAGGGGAUGAAGUCAAACUGAAGGGGUUUGAGAAAUAUCGUGCACAGCUGGACAAUAAAACUGACAGUACGGGUACUCACUCUCUCUAUACUCGUUACCAAGAUUAUGAGAUCAUGUUUCAUGUAUCAACAAUGCUUCCGUUUACUGCAAGCAACAGUCAACAGCUUCUUCGGAAGAGGCAUAUUGGUAAUGACAUUGUGACAAUUGUUUUCCAAGAACCAGGUGCCCUCCCCUUCACUCCACAGACCAUACGCUCCCAUUUUCAGCAUGUAUUUAUUGUGGUGAGAACUCACAAUCCAUGUACUGAUCACACCAUCUACAGUGUUGCUGUGACUCGUACGGCUGACACACCACCUUUUGGACCGCCUUUGCCUCCAACUUUGUUCCGUAGGUCACCUGAACUUAGAGAUUUUCUUCUCUCCAAAGCCAUAAAUGGUGAAAAUGCAGCUGAGCGUGGUGGCAAGUUUUUGGCGAUGGCCACACGAACAAGAGAAGAGUACUUAAGAGACUUGGCUCGUGAUCAUGUCACCACAACUACUUUGGAUUCUUGCUCCUCCAAAUUAGCCAUCUUGGGCCUUUCUAAGAAAAGGGACAGAGCUGGUAGCACAGGCCCUGGAGAUAAAAGCGGGAAAGGAACUCGCUGGGCAUACAGUGUUCCUCCUGAAUUCCACAGUUCUGGCGCUCUUGUGUGGACAGUUAAAGCAACAAGUGUGUGUAUUCCUGAAGGUACCUAUAUGCUGGGAAUAUCCUCUGAGAUGGUAGUUUUAGUAGAUCCAAAAAAGGAGCGCGAGGGAACUGUAUGCUUCCACUGCUCAUGCCGUGAUGUACUUGGGUGGACAUACUGCAACAAAGGGGGACUGGACCUUUACUAUGGACGGGCAGGAAGACUGUCUCUGUGGCCAGUUGCUAACAGUGAAAGUGAGGUGGAAGCAGAAGUAAGCCACAUUGUCAAGAGGCUGCAGGUUGUGUCAGGCGGCUGUGAGACUCGUGAAAUCCCAUUGCUAAGAAAUGGUCUUGGGCAGCUUGGCUUCAACGCAGAUUCAGGGGGGUUUGUAACUGAAGUAGAGAGAUUUAGCAUGGCUGAAACUGUAGGACUUUGUCCUGGGGCAAGGUUGGUAGCCAUCUGUGGUCAACCAUUUUGCUCAUUGACCCCCGAGGAUGUUCGUACACUGUUUAUUCGUGCAAAGAAGGUAACUGUGACGACUCUGCCUUCAGAUGAAGCUGGGAAGCCUCGCAGGAGUUUCUCUGAGUUGUAUGUGAGGUCUCUGCAAGAACAGAGAAUCAUGAGGCCAUCAGAAGGAGACGCUGAAGAGAAGGAAGAAAUUAUUCCAAGAAAAACAGAUUCUGCUCCAGCAGCUCAGAACAUUCUUCGGACCCUCUCUGUACAGGAGGAAAGGACUGACUUUAGGUAG